AUGGUACACAAAGGGAUGUCCAAGCACUAUUGGAAUCUGGGCAGUCUUAUUCCUUGGACUGUAUAUCAUUACAUACUCACCAGGAAUGGGAACUGUACCGUGGAUUGUAAAUUCUUAAAUCUAUCCAUUGAAGUACAGAAGCAACAGUGUAGGAAUUGCUGCAGUCGCAAACUGGACAUCAAAUCUGAUAGUGAGCCAGACAUUUUUAACAUAACUGAAGCUCUUGGCUCUGCUGGUACCUUCCUAUUGUUUGCCGGGUUCUCCUCCAUUGGACUAGUUGCUAUUUUCAUCCUUGUACCUGAAACCAAAGGAAUGCAGUUCGAGGAAGUGGAAAAGCUGUUACAGAAAGGAUACUCACCAUUUAGGAAACAGAAUAGUGAUGACGACGAAAACACCAAGUAA